ACCGACACUCCUAUCUACUAAGUCUGCAACAGCCAAAACUCCAUUGUUACCACAAAGCAUUCCGACCCUAGAAUCGGAAAAUACAAAUUACUACCCUGCCGAGACGCGAUCCAGAUAAACAAGAUGCCCAUCGGACAAAAUGAAAGUGGUGUUACCUCUGGUGUGAAGUUUGUAACCUCUACCGUUGGAAACACUGUUGGGGGUGUCACAAACACUCUGGGUGGCGUAGUUGGUGCCCUAGGGAGAGGCGUUGGUGAGACGGUUGAGGGCGCCACAGGCAGUGCUGGCCGACCCGUCGCCAGGGGCCUCGCAGAUGUGGCUACAAGCAUUGAAAAGGGCGCAAACGACGUCGCAGAAGGUGUGAAACGUGCUGGCGAAGGAAAAUAGAUUGAUGGGCUUGACAAUGCGGAGAGGGGGAGGGGGGAAAAGCGAAGGCUGGGGAAUGAUCCCACCGAGUGGACCGUAACACCAGAUUAAUUCUUCUUUCUUUGGUUGGCAUAAAUUGAGACUAAUAUUCGAUACCUCAAACGGU